CGCUAUGAAUGUGUUUCAUAUUUUAUGCAUGCAGACCGCUGACGAUUUCAGUUUCGAAGGAAUCCGUACGCUGCUAUAAACUGACGGCGAUUCGUACAUGAUUAUGAUUAUAUUGAGUUGAACGUCGACGGACGAUGGCAUCGCUGUGUUUAUACGUAUAGUGACACCGCUAUGUAUAAGGUUUUCAGGUGGACCAGGCGUAAUUGCCUUAUUCGUAUAUCCUGCAUGGUAAUAUUGGUAUUGGUGUUACAAUGCUACACGUUUGAGUGGAUGCCGUCUAUGUUGAUUUCAAAAACAGACAACCAAGACUACAACGACGUGGCGAUAGAACAUUUCACCACGAAGCACGAGGAACGUAAUAAUGAAGACACAAUAACUACAAAUGAACCAACAAUUCGCAUUUCGCCUAUACUUGAAAAUAGUAAACGGUCUUCAAAACAUUCGGCGGGAUUUAAAAGUGGCAAUCAUCGCUUUGCGUUACCUUUAAUAGCGUUUCAAUCGGGACCGAAUGGGAUCUACAACGCGUUUCGUAGAGCAAUGGUGUUCGCCACCCUCCAUGGGCGAUGUCUUGUCGUGCCGCCGUUCCAUGACCACAAAGUACAGGACGGUAUCACAAAAGGGCGAAGUCUCAACGAGACUUUUGACGUUCAGAAGCUCACCGAGGCCGUGAAUCUAUGUGACUUGGACCAAUAUAAGGAACACUGCGGGGACAAGAUUUCCGAGAGUAUGAUAAUCGUUCCACCGGUUAUCAAAAGAACCGUGGAAUCCAUAGACAACUAUAAUAAAGAAGUCCAAAAAUAUUACCGGAAUGAGACAGUGUAUUUGUACGAUAAAUUCGUGGAGAGUUUCUUCAACGAUACCGGUCUGGUUCUACCGAAAAUUAACACGGUGUUAUCGUACUCACAGGGAGAACGGGAAAGAAUGGUGAUCGAGAACGAGAGCGCCGAUUGCUUGGUCUACUUUCCAGCCGUCAAGCCCCUACUCCAGGAAUCAGAUGCCGUGAAGUCUACCCAGAUUGCAAGUCACCUUGUGAGGGCGUCCUAUAUUCAACACAUGGCAUCCGAAGUGACAGGCAAUCUUUGCGGAGGGCGCUACGCGGCACUGCACUGGAGAAACCGGACCGGGGAAAAAUGCGGGCUGGAGUCAACUAAGGACAUAUGCCAGUCUUUACAUCGGCGAAAACUCAGAGAGUUGGCUAGUGUGCUAGAUCAGAUCGUGGACAGUCUCAAAUCCUAUCUUGAAGCACAGGACAUAGGUUGUUUAUAUGUAGCCGCGCCGCCUUACAGCCAGGCCAUCUUCGCUUCGUUACGACAAUCGUUACCGAAAGUCAUCACAUUAGAUAAUCUACUUGACUCAUAUCACACCGUAUCUCACUACAAAGAAGAACUGUAUGUGCUAUCACUACUUGAACAAGAAAUUGCAGAACGUUCAACAAUGUUCAUAGGAACUACUUCAUCGAAUUGGUCGUUUUACGUGGAAACAAGUAGACAUUUAAGAGGAAAGGAGUCUGUAUACUUGCAGAAUAUCCCGGGAAUGCCUGAAAUUUAUCAUACUCGUACAAAACACGUGGUUUAAAUACAGUCUCUCUAUGAACUAUAUAUUAAGGAUCAUGGUGGUUUGAAGGAUCGAUUUAAUGGACGCAUCCGCUGUUGUGGACAAAACACAACUAACACUGAUAGAAUGAACUAUAUUGAAUGAAGUAUAUUAUGUGAAAAUAUCCUUUACAAAUCUAGGAUCUUUCAGUAAGAUCUUAGAUGUAAAUGGCCGCCGAAGUCUCGUUGAGAUCGAGACAGCCGAGGUCUCGUUGAGAGCGAGAAAGCCGCGAUAUUUGCCCUCCCUCCAAUAGCGUUAAAUUUUCUCCCGUCAACAUGUGGGACAAAACAAAUCUCGUUAGUCCCUCGUUCUCAAAGAGAUCUAGGCAGUCAUAAACUGGCCAUCAUUUUGUCCACAACGCUACGGGGAUAAUAUAAAAAUGAAUGAAUGAAUAUAAAAUAAAUAUAGAAGAGAAAUUGAAAAA